AUGACCACCAGAGAUGAAAACUCGAAUGCGCCCCAGCGAAUUGUGCUACAAACCAAAACACAUCAAGUCCCGGGCGGUGAUUAUCAGGAACGAUGCAGGAGGAUGAAGAACCUCCUCUGCCAACACCUCUGGAAUCGAGAUUUUGACUACGAGCAGGACCGCUGGCAAGCGUACGGGGCUGCCUUUGCCUACGAAGGUCGUCGCUGUUACUUCCUCCUUGACCACGGCCAGUCUAGUAGUAAUAAUGUCCCGGUGCUUUGGUACAAAUGGACGGGCACUUCAUUUGAACUCAUCGAAGGCCCUCUGCCUCCUCAGAUGCGUGCCAAACUUAAAGAUUAUCCGUUCAUUCGCCCAAAGCGAGAACCAUCACAGGCCAAGGAAUCAUCACCUCCAGAUCCCGCGACCAGACGUCAAAUGAUUCGACACAAGCCCCGUUCCAAUAUGAAGAUUGCACCUGUGGAGCUUGAGCUUCUUGGAAAUCCCGACCAGGUAGCGUUGCUUAAGGCAGAGGUUGAUCCAAGAUUCUGGAACCAGAUCGAUGACUUUGCUAGAGUAUCACUCUAG